CAAGCUGAUGGGCUGGGUCUAAAUCAGACCAGACCGGGCUUUUCCGCAUUUCAGGGGAAGGAUUUUUUUUUUUUUAAUUAGUUGCAGGAAGGGAAGUUUGCACGGAUUGACAGCACCAUCAAAGUGUCCACUCCCUGUCAGUGAUCAGGUGCAUUUUCUGUACAGGUCGUCAUCAUCUUGCUGUCAUCCUCACCUCGGCGGCUCACGUCGAUGGUCGGUGACCGCAGAGAUUUAAAAAGAACAUGUGCGAUCGGAGAGGAAACCCGCUUAAAACAAUAUUUCAGCUGAUGUGUCAACUUCUUUGGGUUGUGGGGAUGGUUUUGGCCAUGAGCGGAGUCUCCCUCCUGAUGAAGUACAGACACUACAGCUUGUUUUUUUCUCAGACCUACAUCCUCCUCCCGGUAGUCUUCACCACCUGCAGCGCUGCGUUCUUGCUCUUCACCGGUUUCCUCGGUACGUGGCUGAGCCUCAGAGACUCCCGCUGUCUGCAAGGGCUGUUUGUUUAUCUGCUGGUUGUGAUCUUUUCCUUGGGAAGCACGGCCUCCGCGCUGGCCUUCGCCCACUCCAGAAAGUUGGAUUCCGACACAGCGUCUCUCAGCGAGGUGUUUCAGAAAUACACAGGCAGCAGUCAGGACAGAAACUCUCGGCUUGUUGAUGUAACUCAAGAGGAGCUCCAGUGUUGUGGGGUCAGAAACUACACUGACUGGCUGGACAGCUCUUGGCUCAAUGAAACCGGUGGAGAUGCGUUUCCUCACAGCUGCUGCAACACUACAUUCCUCUUAUGUACAGGCAGUGUGAACCAGCCGUGGCAGCUUUACCACCAGGGCUGUCAGGUGAAGCUGGAGAUGGCUUUUCAGUUCAUCUUAAAGUUUAUCAUGUGGACGUCCCUCCUGGGGUUUCUGACUGAGGUGGUUUUGCUUUGCACGAUGGCACAGAUGAUAACGGUGGAAGAACGUCUUAAUUAUCAAGCAUUCAGUGACACCUAUAGGCAAAUAUGAAACAGCUUUUCGAUUCAAUUCAAAAAUACUUCCUACUUUUCUAAAGGGAAAUUAAACUGCCAAACAAUAGUGGCCCCACAACUGAAAAUUAUUGCAAUCAAAGUCACAUAAGUCAAAAAGAUGACUUAUCUUGCUCUGGAUCCGUUGUUUGGUUCUGGGUAAAUGUAUUUGUAUGUUUGUUUGUUUGUUUUUUUGAAGUUCCUAAUGCAAAUAUUUGACUUUUGAAUGGUGAAUAAAUAUAAUAGAACAAACCUAA